AACGCAUCCGGCUUGCACCCCAGUCGUAAGACUAUUAGUCAAACAAGAUUGUUGGUAUUAUGCUGCAAUUUUUACUUUGAGAGAAAAUCGACAAAUAAUAAAGAAAAAAGUAAGACUACUCAAGUUUCUCAACGCCUGCCAUUAGAAAUAAAAAUGUCACGGGAGGCGCUCUCAGUGACACUGCUCUGUAGCUUUGUGGUGGUGCUGUUCGUGACGCAAGCGUCUGAUGCUUACCCGACGAGACGGAUGUACUUAACACUCCGCGGAUUGAACCGCCUUAUGAAAAACGAAGAACGUCCCAAAAUUAACGAACUGCCAAAUGUUGUUGAUAAAUUCAUCGAAAACAGCAACGACGUCGACAGGAUCGAUAGGUAUCUUAAACCCCCGGGGGAUCUUGCUGAUGCUCUCGAACUUGACGACGGAUUUGAAGCGACGCCACAGAAGAAAGGACGAUGCUGUAUGGUUUUAAUCUGCAACAUUGGCGCUCCCUGCGAGCAGUCUUGUCAGAGUUGUGGAUAGAUUCGACCUUUGACCUCCGUGAAUAUAAAGCUGCCUCCUGAUACGUACUUAGACAUCCGGAAAUGUGAAGAUGACGUAGUCCGUUAAGGAAAUGGGGAAAAUUUGAACGCCCAAUUGGCGGCCAUUGUAACAUAUCAUGCUAAAUCAUUAAAAAAAUCAAAAAAAA